GACAGUGCGCCCUUGGCCUGACGGGCGGCAAAGAAAGCUCGGGCGCCUGUGUGCGUUUACGGAGGGGGCGUGGCCAGGCUGGCGUUUAGUCAGACUGCGCGGCCGGACGCCGGCGCCAUGGAGGAGUAUGCUCGGGAGCCUUGCCCAUGGCGAAUUGUGGAUGACUGUGGUGGAGCCUUCACUAUGGGUGUCAUCGGUGGUGGAGUCUUCCAGGCCAUCAAGGGCUUCCGCAAUGCUCCUGUUGUGAGGUGUGUAUUGCUGUCUGAAACCUUCUUCUUUAUGUGUACCCUUACUCAGGAUCUUUCCCACUAUAAUGUGAGCCCUGAAAGGGCAGGGGCCAGAUCUACCUUGUUUACUGCUUUAUCCCUGCAUACAGCAUGGUGCCUGGCACACCAGGGAAUUCGGCACCGAUUUAGAGGUAGUGUCAGUGCUGUGAGGAUCCGAGCCCCCCAGAUUGGAGGUAGCUUCGCGGUGUGGGGGGGCCUAUUCUCCACCAUCGACUGCAGCCUGGUGCAGCUGCGGGGAAAGGAAGAUCCCUGGAACUCCAUCACUAGUGGAGCAUUGACCGGGGCUGUGCUGGCUGCCCGCAGUGGCCCACUGGCCAUGGCGGGUUCAGCAAUGAUGGGAGGCAUUCUCUUGGCCCUCAUCGAGGGUGUUGGCAUCCUUCUGACUCGUUACACGGCCCAGCAGUUCCACAGUGCAUCCCCAUUCCUGGAGGACCCCAGCCAGCUGCCUCCUAAGGAGGGUACCCCAGCCCCAGGCUAUCCCAGCCAUCAGCAGUACCACUGAGGAAGUGUCUGCCUAUCAUUGCCAUCGUGGGACCUCUUCUCAGUUCCCUCCCCGAUGACCUACCUCGAAGGGAGGGCUGGCUCCCAAUUGGCCCUGGGACCAUCUAGAAAGGGCCUCUACUCUGUUCCCUUGUCCUAGGGUGGGGGUGGGGCACCCAAGCUGCCCUGAUGGAUGGGUCCCCUCCUCUUUCAGGGCACCCCAACCCCAUACUCACUUGUAACAAGCUCUCACCCCAGCCUCCUCGCAUGGCACCUUGAUGAGUAUUUAAAGCCCAUUUUGAAAUGCCUA